UAGCUUAUGCUUGCGAUGCGACGUGUGAAAAUAACAGCGUGGCUAACCAGCCCUGUACAAUAUAAUGAAUUAUAAUGAAUGCGCCAAAGUGUAUUCAACCACAACAGAUGCUGGAUCGGAUCAAACUGAAAAUAGCUUAUAAAUGUUAAGUGACCGAAAAAGUCGAGUUGACAGAAAAACGUGUCGGAGUGCCUCAAUAGCGAGUUCAAUAUUUGACACAGGUGGAUCAAACAAAUUACAUCUAUUGGAGCCUAGUGUGGAACUUGAGUUUGAAUCACCAGAUACUCCUCCAAGUAGGAGUAUUUUUGAUUCUGGUCAGCUGUCACACAUGGGAAGAGCCACUUCCACUCGCAGUAUAGUCGAUACUAGAAGAGGAAUACAACACAAGAGAUCAUUUUCCAAGAAAGUAAAAUCUCAGCUGGUUGAAGGAGUGCCAUCGUUCUUUCGCAGAAAUCAAGGGGGCGCACAACAAAGAGCCCCCAUUAACUCACCAUCCAGUAGUAAUAUGGAGUUUCUAAGAGGCGUUUAUGCUUUUAUGCAAGUGAGCAGAUCAUCGGUAAACCACGUAAAAACUGAUUCCUCAAUUUUUAGACUACACACAAAUGCAACCGUUAUUCUUUUGGUAACGUUCUCGAUAGCAGUAACAACUCGACAAUACGUCGGAAAUCCAAUAGACUGCGUACAUACACGAGACAUCCCUGAAGACGUCCUCAACACAUAUUGUUGGAUUCAUUCAACGUACACCGUCGUAGACGCCUUCAUGAAAAAACAAGGUCAAGAAGUGCCAUUUCCUGGAGUAGAUAACUCACAACGAAGCGGUGCGUUGACAAUUCGGCAUACCAAGUAUUAUCAAUGGGUGGCUUUUACUUUAUUUUUUCAGGCUAUUUUAUUCUAUACACCACGAUGGCUGUGGAAAUCUUGGGAAGGAGGAAAAAUACAUGCACUUAUGAUGGAUCUUGACAUAGGCAUUUGCUCGGAAAUAGAAAAGAAGCAAAAGAAAAAACUGCUUCUCGACUAUUUAUGGGAUAAUUUAAGAUAUCAUAACUGGUGGGCUUAUAGGUACUAUGUAUGUGAAUUUUUAUCGCUGGUGAAUGUGAUAGGCCAAAUGUUUUUAAUGAACCGGUUUUUUGACGGCGAAUUCAUGACGUUUGGUUUAGAUGUAAUAGCACACAUGGAAGCGGAUCAAGAAGAUCGUAUGGAUCCAAUGAUCUACAUAUUCCCUAGGAUGACCAAAUGCACGUUCUACAAGUAUGGUGUUAGCGGCGAAGUUGAACGACAUGAUGCCAUAUGUAUUCUUCCGCUAAACGUAGUCAAUGAAAAAAUUUACAUAUUUCUGUGGUUUUGGUUUAUAAUUCUAACGAUACUGACGACGUUAACGUUGUUUUAUAGAAUAAUUAUUAUAUUCUCGCCACGAAUGCGAGUAUAUUUACUAAGAUUAAGGUUUAGGUUAGUUCGUCGCGACGCUAUAGAAAUUAUAGUAAGACGUUCUAAAAUGGGCGAUUGGUUUUUAUUGUAUAGAUUAGGUGAAAAUUUAGAUAGUAUUAUAUUUCGUGAUGUUAUGCAAGAUUUAGCAAAUCGUCUACAUAAUAAUCAACACCAUCGUGUACCUGGUAUGAAAGGUAACCCCUUAGUGAAGGCAUCUGCAGGUUCAUCGACGCUCGGGAUGAACUGUAGUUUUACUCUACCAUUUUUGAUGAGAUCCCGGAUGAAAAGGUAUUUGAUAUCCAAGUGUUUCAUCCAUUGAUGUGAUCUUGGCUCCUGUGCUAUGUUGAUACAUGGGAUGCUGUCCUCCAUUAUGAUGAGUGGUGUUAUGUUUACAUCCAAUUCAUUAAGAAGUUGUGUUAACCACACUCCUUCUUUCGAAGCAGCGCAAAGUGCUAUCAGUUCUGCUUCACUUGUUUAUAAGCUUACCGUCGGUUGUCGUUUCGUUGAACACGAAAUAAUAUUACCGUAUAGUAAAAAUGCGUAUUCUGAAACUGAUCUCCUAUCAUCAGGAUCAUUAGCAAAAUCUGCAUAUUGUGUUGCUCGUUCCCCUCAAAUAUCGCAAUAUUCGUUUUAAUCCUGACCAGUGCCAAUCGGUGGCGCAGUUAGCAUAUUUGCUUAGCGUGUUUACCGCAGAGCAAAUAUCAGGUCUAGAAGUUAGUGAAAGAUAUUGUAGGCAUCCCAGCAGUUCUCUGUAUGGCUCUUCAGUGAUUUUUGCCUCAGAUUUUGACCAUUUCGUGUUGAUAUCCAAUGGUGUCCCCACUGGUUUACAAUCAGCCAUCCCAAAUCUACUAAGAAGUUUCUCCACGUAUAUAGUUUGAGAAAUUUCAAUAGUCUGGCUUUUCAAAUCACGAUUUAUCUCCAUUCCCAGGAAGUGCUUAACCUCUAACAUGUCUUUCAUUUGGAAUAACCUUCCAAGUUUCUUUUUAAUCCACGUAAUUGCUUCGAUGUUUUUGGCAAGUAGUAAAAUGUCGUCUACAUGUACUGCCGUUACACGCAUAAUUGUCCCAUGUAUAUAGGUGUAGGUGCAGUUGUCAUUGUUGAGAGUGACAAAACCUAGUGUUUUCAUUGCAUCAUCAAAAUGUUUAUUCCAAGAUCUGCUUGCCUGUUUCAAUCCAUACAAACAUUUGUGUAGACGAACAGUUUGUCUUUGCCCAUUUACGUUUGGUGGAAGUUUCCUGUAUAUUUCUUCUUCUAACUUCCCAUGUAGAAAUGCAGUUUUGACAUCCAUUUGAUGUACUAACAAUUUAUGCUCGUUAGCAUGGCAUAGGGCUAACCGAACACUCUCUAGUUUGGCGACUGGUGCAAAUGUUUCACACUAAUCGAAUCCAGGACGCUGUGAACACCCUUUUGCCACAGCAAUUUGAAUGUCUUAAUCAGUUAUUGCCAACACUUGUUUUCAGAAUACAGAAUACAGAAUAUAGUAUCUACUUGAUUCCAUAAAAGUUAUUCGAAAAACUAUCCUAAAAGUGAUCGACGUUCCCCGUUGGACGGUAAUAAAUGUAAAUAUCGUGUGCCUUAGUCUAGUGGUUUAGAGGGAUGUGUACAUAACACGACCACAGUGACAUGUAGUGAUUUUCACGAGCCAAAUGACAACCAAUCAAGACUAUAUGUACAUUGUAUACUCUUCAGUCCUUAUAUUAUUCCCGUAUUACAUUGACAUGAAAAAUAGAGCUUGAAUAUUUUAUCAUUUUCAAUAGUCAAUUCCUCAGUAAGUGUGUUUCAGUGUUCUAGGUCGAUAAAACACUUUCAGCUAAAAUAUAGGGGAACAUGGGGAGACUUGACCAGGUUUUCAGCUAAACCUGCAUAACUCUCUAAAAAAGUUUUCAAUCCUUCAAAACUCAUUGAGAUAUGAUGUGCAAAGACAUUGUGUGUGUCCAUGAUAUUUUGCAGAUUUUUUAAUUUAUUUUUGCAAAAGUUAUAAAAGUUUUUCCGUGAACGUUUUUUUUGUCAAAUCUCCCCACUGAGGGGAGACUUGACCAAGAGAAUAUUGAGAAAUCAGGACAAAAUAUAAAAACAUAAAACAUACUGAAAUUCUUUUUUUCCAUAUUGUCGAGAUACUUAGGUAGCAGUAAAAAUAUUAAAGGGUUGUGUUUCAUAAAGUUCGAUUUUUUAAAUGUAUUUCCUUUCAGGAUUAUCUGCACUGCUUACAUUUCUUGUUCAGACGUUACGAAAUUAGCCAUAUUACUGCUAACUUUGAUUACUAAUACUAAAAAAUAUAGACUGAUGUUUUAGGUGGGAUUUUUAUGUGACGUGAUUAACAUUAUCAGCAGGUACCACAGCAUAGUAAAUAUCAGACAUUUUGUAUCUUUCUUCAGCUUUUGUCUCUUGAUCAAGUCUCCCCAUAAAAUCUUGGUCAAGUCUCCCCAACGUUGGUUGGUUCUAAUUUUAGUAAUAACUACUAUAGUUCCGAUUAGUGUAGAAUUGUUUUGCUACUUCAUAAGGAAUAAGAUGUGCUAUAAGUACUGCUAACUUUGAUUACUAAUACUAAAAAAUAUAGACUGAUGUUUUAGGUGGGAUUUUUAUGUGACGUGAUUAACAUUAUCAGCAGGUACCACAGCAUAGUAAAUAUCAGACAUUUUGUAUCUUUCUUCAGCUUUUGUCUCUUGGUCAAGUCUCCCCAUAAAAUCUUGGUCAAGUCUCCCCAACGUUGGUUGGUUCUAAUUUUAGUAAUAACUACUAUAGUUCCGAUUAGUGUAGAAUUGUUUUGCUACUUCAUAAGGAAUAAGAUGUGCUAUAAGUACUUUAAAAGUAAUUAUUAGUCGUGUAGAUAUGUCCAUACAAAGUUUGAUAAAAAUUACUUUAAGGGGUCGAAACAAGCACAAAAAUAUUUUUGAAAAUUUUUUAAUAACCCAAUAGAAUACGUCAUGGCCAAUAAUAGAAUUCUGUGCAUGGUCAAGUCUCCCCAUGUUCCUUUACCACCGAUGUUUUAUUUUUUUUUUGAGUCAAUUAAAUCAGGCUGGUGUAUAACAGAUUAAAAUCCAUCGACCAAGAGCAUAGUUAGAGGCGUGCAAAUCAGGCAUGGCAAAAGCACCGAACGGUGCUGCACGGUGGGCACUUCUACCAAUAAACACGCCACCAAGAGGAUUGAAGUUGGCACGCCGUACCGGUGCUCAACAGCAGACACCGGUCGCCGAUACCAAGGCACCGGUGUCGGUGCCAGCGCAUGAUAUUUAACCACCGUGCUCGUUGCUUCGGCAAAGCACCGACCCGAGUGUUUCUGACUUCGAUAGGCACCGUAACCGAGGUGCAUCUCACAUCGGCAGGCACCGCAACCGAGCUGUUUCUGAUAUCGGCAGGCACCGUACCGAGUGUUUUUAAAUUCGUAAAACACGGCAGCUUAUAUUUCGGUAGCGAUUAUCGCCGCGCUAUUGCUGUCGCUUGGUAAGUGGCUCAAAGCAAUUUGUGCGUUCAUAUGCAUGAACGAGCUUGGUACUUUAUGAAGAAUCUGUAAUGCAUUAUACAGUAAGGAAGGAUUAAGUAGGUAUGCAUGUAGGAAUUAUAAAUAGAUGAAUGAAUGGAUUUAAAUUGGCGUUGGUACUGAAGUCGAAUUGUACAUCUUAGCCAACUCUUACAUCAAACAACCUCAGUCCGAGUAUUACGUUUGAAGACCAUAACUGACCUUUAUUCAGUAUCAAAAUUAAAAAGAUUCUUCUGCACUUCGAAAUUUAAAUAUCGUCCGGUCAUUUGUAUUCUUUAAGAAGAGAAAAUAAGAGAAAAUUCUCUUCUAAAAACUGAAAAAAAUUAAUAUUGAGACUAACUAUUUAACGAUUAAUAGCGAUUGGAUUGUAACCUCCACAUUUGUAUUACUAAAAGUAUCAUUGAAAGACUAAAGUGUCAAAGUUUUCCGCUACUUAGUACUAAAUAGCUCAGUUUGAAAAUUUUAUUCAGGUAUGGAAAUACAUAUGCGCCUAAAUUGAAUUGAAAAGCAAAUAGGAAUGCGUGAUAGAAAAAAAAUUUGAUUUUAAAUAUUUUUAUUCGGUCAACACCUUUCAUAUGUUUUGCAUAAUUUUAAGACUUUUGACUCCAAAUUGUUAAAAUUAUUAUUACCGUUGCUAAAUUUACAUUAACAGAAGUGUUGCAAGUUCCCAGUUUGACGGUUGUAUUUUUCAUUUGUCUCGAAAUGCUCAAAAUAAAGUCCCGUCAUUAUAAAAUUAAUAAAAAUAUGAUUUCUGAAAAAGUAGUAUAAGUCAAGGUCGUUAAGUAUCCUGUAAAGUAUUCAGCUUUAGUCAUAACUUCAAAAAGAAAUUAUGUUUCCAGAAAUCAGUCUGGAAAGUGAAUAUGUUACUGAUUGAGAAAACAUUUUAGUUUUUAACUCUAGGUAGAAAGAUCAAUAUUUAAAAUCUGUGGAAAUGCUCUUUAGUUUCCGCAUAGGUAAAAUCAAACAUGAAAUUGUAGUAUUUUAGUAAAAUUUCUAAAGUUGCAGCUUCAGCUACCAUCAAAUGACUUCAUGAGUCCCGUGUAUGAAUUAAACAAAAACUUUAAGACCAAUAUUUUCAGUCUACCUUUCGGGCAAAUGGUAGUGGGUCCAACUAGUUUGUAUUGCAAUUUUUAGAUCUUGGUUUUUGUUCAAUACAAAUCAUCCUAUUUUGUCAUUCUAAUAAAUUCAAUCAAAUGUACUGUUCAUUUGUCAAAAUUUACAGUAAAAGUAAAAAGAAACAACUUAUCAUAUGAUAAUACGCAAGCGAAUAAAAUCAACUCGCGUGGGAACAUAUCAUUUACAAACGCGUUUAAAUUUCUAUGACUUACACAAACCCAACACAAAUUAUACCGAUGGUCUAUUGACGAACCAAGCCAAAUUCAAGUAGGUAUCAUUUCUUAAGAACGUUGUUAACAUCUUAUAGAUGCAAAGUAUGCACACAAUUUUUUUUUUGUUUUGCUGUGGAAAAAGGGAAAUUUAUUCCAAAUAAUAAACAGAUCAGAUUCGAAUAUCCGGGGAUUUAAAAAAUCUUACCCCGGGUAAUCGAAUCUAAAAUAAAAUAUGUUAAAUGUAAAUGUAUCAAUUUGGCUCUAUUCAAUUUGUAAAAUUCCAAGGUGUGAUUUGUCUUUUCAGUUGCUUUUCAUUUAUAUAAUAUAUUGUUAACGGGUUCAUGAUAUAUUUCAGUUUUGUAUAGCUAUUUGUGCAUGAAUUCUCAAACAAACUUAAGGUGUAUUUAAUGCAUUACAGGUCGCAUUAUCCGGGAAAUCAUUGGUCUGUUAUUCGAUUUUCUGGUGUAAGUCAAUUAAUUUUUCAACUACUAAAAAAUAAAGUAAAUUAAUGAGCUUUUCGUUUGUGUUGUGGUGUUAAUGCUUUAGCUAACUUCUCGACGUUUAAGUGAAGGGAGUCUCUUCCUGUGCGUAGUGCUUACACAAAACAUAAUUUCAUUGACCAAUAUUGUACUGGAUGGUCUGGUGGUCAAUACGCUUUUAGUUUUCACAAACUUUCCAACUCAUGUUUGCCAUCUCCGACGGACUAUAAAAAGUUAUGUCGAUGAUAGAUGCCCGACCGUAUCAGCAAAAAUCAUCGCAUAUCCUUACAUCGAUCACUGUUUCCAGUACAGUUAUACUCUCUAUGACUGGUAAGUCUACACACCCACUAUACUGUGCAAGAAUUUAAAUCUCUUUAGACAGUCAAAUAAAAUUUUAUGUACCUAAAAUGCAUGCAGAAAUUAAAUUUUGCCGAUCAAAUUGUAAAAACCCAAAAUCUAGUCUUCAGAUGUCAAACUGCAUCACUUCAGAAUGUGGUUUGGUUGAUCACUUACCAUCUUGUCAACUAAAUUUGUCUUUGUUUUAUUGAGUUUACAUGCGGAAUAAUGAAUAUAGCUUAUAUAGUAUAACUAUCGAAGAACUGAUAAGGACUAGGACACUAGCUAGCGAUAUUUAUGAUAACGUAGAUUUUUUCUAGAUUAAUGCUCUAUAAGUCUAUAGUACAGCGAACCAAACGGCACGUCAACACACGGACGCCGUUGGAUGUUCCAGAAAAGUAAUGAAGUCCGGCCAAAAUUCAUUUCUAUGCAUUGUGCUGUGUUAAAAGUUUUGUAAUGGCACUGGUAAUGACGUAUAAAGCGGAAAUAAAUCGUAUGGGCGCACCUUGAUUGUGCCCUAACGCCUUUACAUACGAUAACGUGUUUCAAGUAAUUUUGAAAAUUGAAGUUCUCUGCAGUAGGUAACUUGCUACAAAUGAUAUGAACAAUUCCAGUUCCAUUAGAGUAAAGCGAAGCCUCCCUCCCUUUUAACUUACCAGGACGGGGUGCUUGGAAUGAAUAUGAAAUAUUUGCGAAAUAUGAUCACCUUAUACAUGACCUUGUUUUAGCGAAGGGCCACAAUUUUGUAUGAGAUUAGCUCCUCUGAAAAUACGUUUUAUUGACCGCAAUGAUAAAAUUAGUACUGUAAUUUGACAUUCUAAUUGAAAUUAAUUCUUUUUUCAAAACAACCUGGUAACCGGAUAAACAGAUUUUUUCAGUGUCUCCAUUUUGUCAGCCUAAAAAGCACUAUGAGGCAGUUCAUCACUAUUUUAGCUAAAUAUUGUAAUAGAGUUUGCGACAUGAAAUGACUCAAUACUUUAUUAUUACGACCAGCUAUAGAUAGAAUGUCUAAAAAUUGGUAACAAAGUUUCGUAUAAUAAAAAUUAUCCAAAUACUGUGAAAUACUUGUGAUUGAUUGAUCGAAAAUUCGAAACGUGUGCCCCAAAUGGCGGCAAUAGGAAUAGAUUCAAAUUGAGCUAAGCACCAUAUGUGCGUUAUCCGCAGGGAUGCCAACGGUACCGAUAAACUACAUUUUUUUCGAUAUAUUUACAUUUGCACAAGCCGUACAGCCCGCUACAGCGACGCAUCACUACAGCUCUUGCCAGAACAGUAGCCAAAUCGAGUACAUUUUCCCGUACAGCAGUAGAAUACAUUUUUGUUUUGCUGCUGUACUCCGGUUGCUCGGUGAGAGUGUGGCGUAGUAAAGUUUGUUCUCUCGCUUUGUACAUUUUUCUCUGCAUAGUCAAAGGGAGAGUCCCGCACACGAAAGCGUUGAUGCCGGCCGUAGCGUAAAUGAGCCGCAUUCAUUGUAGUCAUUUUUGAAUAAAAAUAUUAAAAAGAUUGAAAAUAUUAAAAAAUGUAAAAUAAGGAAAGAGAAGCUGUACCGCUCGCGUCUGGUGGCUGUACUGGGGACAGUAGUUUUCUGUCAUGUUACUGCUUUACACACAGGCAGCCGUACAGCGCUGGGCGUCCUGAACUAGCGAAUGACAGCAGCAUCGAGAGAGAAAUGAGAAUGUAGGCAGAAAAAUUACAGCCGUGGAAAAGGUAGGCAUUUUGCAUCCUUGGUUAUCCGUAUAGAUUGGGAUCAUAAAAAAAUAAAAAGAUGUUUAUCGAUGGCAAAGUUCAUAUCUUUUGCUUUCAAUUUGAUAUACAUUUGCAAGAAGAUGAAGAAAUAGAAUUUUCGUUGACUAGUAUUUCCAAGACGCAAAAUUCAAAAAAAUCCACCAUCCGCGAUCUAUACUUGCAUCGAGUUUGGAUAUUUUAUAAUUACAUAUCUAACUAAAAAUCAAACUGCCGUGAUAAUAGAAGUAUAUUUUCUGUUCUCUUUUAUUCCGUCGCACCGAAAAAUCUUUUUUUCUUUCUUUUUGUGCAUAUGCUAGCGGGCUUAAACAUUCUCGCUUUGAUACGGGUGCAAAAUCAAAGAGUUUCCGAGGUGUUAUCCGAAGUUGAAAGCGCUCGGCUCCGGUGCUUCAGAAAUUUUAAAGCACCCGGCCCGAGUGUUUUCCGAAGCAUCCAAGCACCGGAUCGAAAAUUUAACACCGCCACCGACACAGGUGCUUCGGUUAUCAUGUAUCGGUGCUUCGCAUCGAGCACUGGCUUGGGGUGCUCAUUUCAAUACACUCGGUUGCGGUGGUAAAAUGCAGCACGCGGUGCCGUGGCGUGUUUGGACAUGCCACUGCAAAUCUUAUAUAGUUUCGUUAUAUAGGAGACUUUUUAGAUUUUAGAAUGACACCCAGAUAGUGAAGUAAGACUUUUGUCAAAAUGUAUGAAUUUUUCAAAUGACUUAGUGUUCUCGUUUACCAAGCCAGUAAUCUAGGUCUAGUAGAACAAAAAUAUAUAGUCUAGUAGAACAAAAAUAUUCAUUAUUUUUACUAUUUUUGCCUUUCUCCUAUAGAAAGCCUAUGCAAUCACUCUGAAAACCGAUUUUUUCUUUGACAAGGAUUUUCCACAUCUAUUUCGCAAAAAAAAAAUUAAAUUGAUGAUGAAUAGUUCAAAAGAGUGUUGAUUUUCUAUUAAAAUAUAAAAUGCUGGAUGGAUGAAAAAAUUACGUCAAGUAACGGCUCAAUAAAUAAAUUCGGUUGAAAGUUAUGAAAGCUAUAUACAAUUUUAUCAAUUACAGAAAAUCUCACUAUUAUCGUUCAACCAGUUUUGAGUAAGGUUCGUCGCGGUUGCGGUAAUUACCGCAACCGCGCGGUAUUUACCGCACCCUCACCGCAAAAUCUGCGGUGCGGUGAGACACUUUUUCCCGCAGAUGCGGUGCAAGAUCCAAAUAGAGACAAAAUUAUUAGAUCAUUUAAAAACAAUAAAUUUGUACUCUUAAAUCCAAUUUAAAAGUGCAUCACUUCUCCCGAUUUCUGUUGGUAAUCGUGGAAUUAUGAAUCGUUUUCGAUAUCAAUUUGUCAAUUGCGAAUUUUGACUAAUUUAUAGGAAUUAGAGAUGAACUAAUUAUGCUGGGACUUAAACACAACCCAAAGAAUAUAAUUAUCUUCAUCAAACCAAACGAAUUUGCAAUAAUUGGCAGUAAAGGAUACAAAUGUAUGAAAGCGUCCAAAAUAAGGAGGGGUCCAAAUCAGGAUCAACAUCGUAUUUCUAUCUUCUUUGAUUGCUGUGUAAAUUCAAUGUGAAUUUUUCUGCAGUCAAUUUUAAUAUAUUCUUUCUCAAAAAGUAUGCUACAUAACUUUUUUUCGCGUACUUCUAUUCAAAUUUACUAUAAUUUUCUACCAAAUUAAGUCCUAAUAUUUUUCAGUUUAGACUAUUGUUUGAAGCUUUUUUGCCAAAUACCACAUAGUUUGACUCCCGUUCACUGCAAUUAAAGUUUUUGCUUUUGGCUUAUUGGCAAAAUAUUAGAGGAAAAUACAUUAAAUGCUAGAACUUUCGAACUAGCCUUAGGAAAAUUACACUUCAUGCAUUUUUAAAGGGAGCAAUCUUAGUUUUUGAUUGAGAAUACAUCUGUUUCUUGAAGAAUGCGGAAGUUGGAGUUUUGAGAUAUAUUGUCCGUAAAACCCCUAUUUUUAAAAAUCAUUUCUGCUGUAUGCUACAAAUCAUACAUUUUUUGAAGUUUUUCUAUUGUUCAAUUAUUCUGUACCGGUUGAGACCGGACACCUGAUUAGAUGUAAUGUAUAGAGCGAUUUUUGCGUCAAAUAUGGCGUCGUUCUUAUUGAUGAAAUACAAUAUGUUUUUAUUUCACUGUAUUGGAAUAUAUGCGCUACUAUAUAGAAGUACUGGUAUUUCGACUUUAAAUUUUUGUUGGUGAAAUUCCUUUAAGAAUGCAAGGUGGUUUUACUACGUAAAUGCGAAAAUCAUACAUUUUAUCUUCAUAUGUCAAAAGCAUUGAAAAUAUGAUAAUUUUAAGAAAAAAAUAUGCAACUUCAUUUCUUAUUACAUUUUUAUUCCCCUUUUUCCAAUUAACUGAAAGGUUGCUAAAAUAAAAGUUUUCCCACUGCAGUAGAACGUUUUUGAAUGUAUAAUGUUUACCUUAAGGCCCCCGUCGGGCAAUCCGCCAUUUUUCGUGUUUUUUGCGGUUUUUUAUUUUAUUUUCAAAGAAAAUGACAAAAUAUGGAAAAAAGAAAAAAAAUCACGACCUAGAUAAUUGUUUUUACUAUGAAUUGGCCGAAAUGGAAAAUUCAAAAUUUUCCAACUCGGAAAACUGUGUGCUUUUUCCGGUUGAAAAAGCACACAGUUUUUGCAAUCAUGUGUUUAAAAUUUUGAUUUUUCCAAAGCAACAUAGCUAAACAAUUUUUCUAGGACGUGAUUUUCUCCGAUUUUCCAUAUUUUCCGCUUUUCAUUGAAAAAUUUCCAUUUUACUAGAAGCAGUUUUUCCACCCGCACAGACACAACUAAAGUAAAAUUUGUAUGUAUAGGUGCGCAAAAGUGGAGCAAUAUUUUUAACCUGCUGUUUCUUUGACAUUUCCUACAAAACUACCCAAGUGUUGCAUAUGUACGGAUUUGUUAGAAACCAAGGAAUCUGAUGGUACAAAGAAAAAAUCGUUUUGGAAAACUUCAUAACAGCGUUUUUCAAUUUUCCUCGCGAUACGCAGUGUACCAUCGCACGCGAAACAGCGUGGAAAGAUACGAAAAGAAAAACAAGUGUACUAAAAGUUAUCCUUGGGUUGAUGCAGAUGGCGUGCUACGAAAGCUCGAAAUAUCGAAAGCUUUUACACAACUGUUUUUGAGUAAUUCUGAAUGUAGAAAUAGUUGAAAAUUAUUUCAAAUAAAUUUCUUCAUUGAAACUUGAUGAUUUUCGAUUCUCUUGGGAGAUCUAUGAUAUUUUAUUAUUUUACGAGACUGAAACAAACCGCGAUACUAUUUUAUCUUUAUACGCCAAAUAAUGGAAAAACAUUUUCUAUGUCGAAUUUGCAUGUUGAUAUUUGAUGAUUUUGAAACUAAUGAUCGUUUGAAACCAACGGUUUUGUGUUGAAUUGAUAACACAUAUUUAAAAACAUCUUUGGCUUUAUUCCAAACAAUAAUGGAGGCUUGCCAAAUUGAAAAUUAUUUGGAAGUUCCAUCAAUUAUCACAUGUCACAAUUUUUUGCAAGAUUGGUUUUAUUUCUCAGAAACCGAUUUCCACACAGCAUUGAUGAAAACCUGAUGAAAUUUGCAACAGUUGAAGCAAAUAUUUUCGACAUUCCACAAAUACCAACGAACAAAUUUUUGGGAUCCCUAUAAUUAAUUUUCAUACUGGAUUUGACUGCUUUGAAACAUUUUUGAACAAAGAUAUUGUUUCGUUUUACAGAAAUGCAAGAAAUCUUAGCAAAGUUUCCUCAGAUUCUCAUGGAAUAAUUAUCAUACUGAUACUUGGAUUUGAAAAAAAUUAAAUGACGCAUUUUGCGAGAUUGUAAACCAAAAUAAUAUAUUUGUUUUGAUAAUACUUCUUUUUCUUUUGUUUUAUUGAGAUUCGAGAGUAGGUAUCACGAAAAUCACGCUGAAAGCAACAACUUUUUUUUGUUUCCAUAGCGUUAUUACGCCAUGCAAAUUUGAAUUUUUCAGGAAGUAUAUUUUAUAACAGCCGUAUCGUAUUUCAUUUAUGAAUCAAUCAAUAGUACCGACCAGGAUGAUUGAAAAUGAAUCACUUGAUAAUAUUUUAUCGCUUUAUUGAAUCUUAAAGUUCAUUGAAAUAAGGAAAUAAUAAUUAGAUCAAUUUAAUUUUUUCCGUUGAAUUUUUGAAAAACUUAUUUGGCUCUCUCUAAUCAAUUUACUUAGUACUUAUAACGAUUUAUAGAAAAGAUACGAUUAAUCGUGUAUUGUAAAUGAUAUGCGUAGGGGAAAAUGUACUUUUGCAUAUAAAAUAUUCAAAAUAAUCAAUAAAGAAUUGUAAAACGAUCCAUAAAAAAGUUGUCCAUGUUCCAUAAACCAAAACUGAAAAUCCAUAAAACAGUGUGAAUGAUCCAUAAAAAAGUGUGAUUUGAUCCAUAGAUUAUGUAAAAUUGAACCUUAAAAUGGUCGCAAAAGAGCACUAAAAUAGUAAUAAAAGAGCAAUUAAAAUGAACCAAUGCCCCAUAAAAAUAUUGGAAAUGUU